AUGGAUUCCUCCAGAAAGCCUCACAGCUCUCAGCGGCUUCCGCCACCCGCUUUGUUUCAAGGCCCACCAUCCCAUAAUGCAUCCAACAUUUCCCUCUCCGUGCCUCCUGCUGGGCCGAUCCUCCCCACCCCGUCUGGUAGCCAGCCACCACCCCUCCAUCGCAACCGUUCCCAUCGCGGCAACGAUGGCGGCUCUGCAGAUAACCGCAGCUUGCUCUCUCCACUCGUCUCGCGACGCCCAUCCAAAAACGACGUAGACGGAUCCGAUGCCAUCUGGCAGGAAAUGCAAAGCGCCUUAUCCGAGGUAGAACUAAGCGCCGUCACCAACGAACAUGUCUUCGGUGAGAAGCACGCCGAGGCUCUGGAAGAUCUUCGCAUGAAGCAAUUACGACUUGCCCAAGCUUGGGCUCGAAGUGAGGCAGACGAUGAAGUCGUGGAAUCUAGCCACAAUACCGCCGAUGGCGACAACUCUGCGGCAAGUGUGAAGCGUCGAGGGUCGGGAGAAGGCAACACGACAGAUGCCACGAACAAUACCCAGGCAUCUGGCAGAGACCGUGUCUCUUAUCGCACCCUAGAUGAAGAAACAGAAAAGGACAUUAUUCUUGCGCGUAGGCGCCGGGAAGCCAAUGACCGCUACUUUGACCGAGUCAAUCAGGGUGUGCUGGAUGUGGUCGCCAAGCUCGAGGAAGUCUCCCAGGCCAUGCGCACGGUUGAACGAGAAAGCAAAGAUAUCUGGAGUGACACAGAGAGUGUUACCACAGCUGCACCCUCGUCCACCAACUCUGGGUGA